CAUAUGAGGCCCAGAAGAGCGAAGUGUGGUGACAGCACCACUAAAAAUACCCAACGGGCCGAGCGUGGAUCGGGUUGCAGCUGAGCCAGCGAACACUGCUCCUGCUCCUGCUGCUGUGUAUGAGCAGGGAAAAAAAAAAAACUUUACUUUUCACUUGCAGGUUUCUGCUGAGGCACUUAGUGUACGAUGGAAGAAACGCAAGCGGACGGAACGGAAAUGGCAAAUGUGGCAGAGUCCCAGGCAGUUCCUGCCGUCACGAAGAGCCCCAAGAAGUCUCAGGGACACUCGAUUUUCAGCUGGAUCAUAGUGCUGGCGUUGUUAGGAGCCUGGAUGUCCGUGGCAGUCGUCUGGUUUGAACUUGUUGAAUACAACAAUGUUGUGGGCACACUGGGAAAAUUUUACGAUGCUGAUGGUGAUGGUGACUUUGAUGCAGAAGAUGCCAAAGUUCUUUUGGAACAUUCUACCAGAAAAAUUGGGCACAAACUGAAGGCAGCUCUGAAGGAGCAACUUCGGAUAAUCCAUGAGAAGAUUGAGGCUAAAAAGAUUGCUAAGAUGGCCCUAGCUGAGGUCCGAAGCAUACUGUCCAGAGAGGAAGAAGAAAGAAAAGCUGACCUUGCUGCCAAAAAAAUGAAAGAGGAAACUGAGGCUAAACUACUUAAAGAGAAAAAAAGAAAGGAGCGUGAAGUGAGAUUAGCCAAAGAGAAGGCUGAGCGAGAAAGAGCUGAGCGAGAAAGGCUUGCUAAGGAGAAGGCCGAAAAGGAAAGGCUGGCUAAAGAGCAAGCUGAAAAGGAAAGGCUCAGAAAAGAACAAGCAGAAAAAGAUAGGCUAGCACAAGAGCGAGCAGAUAAGCUUGCGAAAGAAAAGGCAGAGAAAGAGAAAGCAGAGAAGCUAACGAAGGAAAAGGCAGAGAAAGAGACAGCAGAGAAGCUAGCAAAAGAAAAGGCAGAGAAAGAGAGAGCAGAGAAGCUAGCAAAAGAAAAGGCAGAGAAAGAGAGAGCAGAGAAGCUAGCAAAAGAAAAGGCAGAGAAAGAGAGAGCAGAAAAGGAACGGCUAGCGAAAGAAAAGGCAGAGAAAGAGAAAGCAGAAAAGAAAGAUGCAUCGUCUAAUCACAAAGCAGAAGAAGAGCCUCUAGAAGAGAGCGACAAAGAAAUCAAAACUAAAUUAGAGAAAGAGGACAACUCUGUACAUCUUGAGUCCUUUAUGCAAGGAUCUACACCAGAAGAUACACCUGAAAAUAAAUCUCCAGCGAUGACGCAUGAGCCUAAACCUACAGUUGCACCUGAAGUGACACCAGAGGUACCAGAAACAUCCAAACCUCAGAGUACUUCUGAGUCUGCACCUAAACCUACACCAGGGACUGCACCAGAAACAGAGGAAGACAAAACAAAUCUCCUCAAUAAAUCUGACAAAAAAAUAAAAUCCGAAAUCAACGCAGCCGAAAAACUACGUAAAAAGGGUAAAGUUGAAGAAGCUCUGCAAGCUUUUGAAGCACUUGCGCAGAAAUACCCUCAAAGUCCCAGGAGUCGCUAUGGCAAAGCCCAGGCCGAGGACGAUAUGGCUGAGAAGUUGCGUAGUAAUGAGAUGCUCCUGAAGGCUGUUAACACGUACAGGGAGGCAGCAGAGCUUUCAGAUGCUCCUGCAGACCUUAUCAAAGCCGCGUUAAAAAGAAGUGCCGACAGACAGCAGUUCCUGGGACGCACAAAGGGCUCUUUAGCUACACUGGAAAGGCUUGUGCGGAUUUUCCCAGAGGACAUCUCUUUGAAGAACGAUCUAGGGGUGGCUCAUCUUCUGAUUGGUGAUAACAAGGGUGCAAAACAGAUCUAUGAGGAGGUUCUGGAUAUGGCUUCUGAUGAUGGAUUUGCAAAAGUGCAUUAUGGAUUUAUUCUCAAGUCAGAAAACAAGAUAGCAGAGAGCAUACCUUACCUAAAGGAGGGUUUAGAGUCUAAAGCACCAGGAACUGAUGAUGGAAGGUUUUAUUUUCACCUUGGGGAUGCACUGCAAAGAGUGGGAGACCAGAAGCAGGCGUAUGAAUGGUACGAGACCGGCUACCGACACGGACAUUUUGCCUCUGUCUGGCAGCGCUCACUGUAUAAUGUGGCAGGACUGCGAGCGCAACCGUGGUGGACAGCCAAAGAAACUGGAUACACUGACCUUGUUCGGACCCUGGAGCGGAACUGGCUGACCAUUAGAGAUGAAGCAUUAACUGUCAUGGACAGUAGCAGUGGGCUCUUCUUGCCUGAAGAUGAAAAUCUGAGAGAGACAGGAGACUGGGGCCAGUUUACUCUCUGGCAGCAGGGACGGAAAGCUGGUUCUUCAUGUCAGAACGUUCCCAAAACUUGUGCUUUGCUGGAACGUUUCAAAGAGGCCACCACCUGCAAGAGGGGUCAGAUCAAGUUUUCAGUGAUGCAGCCUGGCACACAUGUAUGGCCUCACACCGGACCCACUAACUGUCGUCUACGUAUGCACCUGGGUCUCGUCAUUCCCGCAAAAGGUUGUCGAAUCCGCUGCACCGACCAGACCCGAGAGUGGGAAGAGGGUAAGGUGUUGAUAUUUGACGAUUCGUUCGAGCACGAAGUGUGGCAGGAUGCAGACAGCUACCGGCUCAUCUUCAUUGUGGACGUCUGGCAUCCAGAACUCAGCCAAUCGCAGAGGCAUGCCUUAUCCCCCAUAUGAAGCUUCAAAUCAACUGCAAAAAACUUACUGUGAUGUCUCAGCUAAUUUCAGCCACAAACAAAUCCUGACCUCCGGCUGAUCUCUCGUACUGAACAAAAUGCCACGUGAAUAUUUGCUGUGUUUCUGAUCGUGUAAUUUAAUUGUGAUUUUAUGAAGAACAUGUGUAAUGGAUGUUGUCCUUCUAGUGUCCUUUUGUAUUGAAGUUUUCAAGGGGAAGAACAGAUGUUUAGGAAAUAUUGGCAUAAAAUAAGGAAAAAAAAUACGAUUUACAGAUAUGUUUACUGAAAUGGCCCAACUUGAAAUGUUAUGCAAGAGGACUUGCGUGAUUGUCGACCGAUGAAGGUAAAAAAACAAUGCAUAUUACUGAAAAUGUACUUGAAUAUACACUUAAGGUCUACUUUAUUAGGAACACCUGUACUAUGAUACAUAAAAUCAUGCAGAUACACACCAUGUGCGUCAUGCUUAAUGUCCAAGUCAAUCUUGAGCCCAUAGCAAGAAUCUUUGGUACACAGUCAUCCAAUCAAACCAGUAUUGGGGGCAUAUAAAUCACCUGGACUGGACUGAUUGAUUGCGUCAGAUUGCUGUUUUUGGCUGGCGGGAGUGAUACCUGAUGUGUUGUGUGAUUUUUGCUUACCACAGUUGUACAAUGUGCUUAUUUGAAUUACUAUAAACGUUCUGUCAGCUUAAAGCCAGUCAGGUCAUUCUUCUCUAAUUUCUUGCCUUAACAAGAUAUUGAACAUUAGCAACUUAAGUGUGUGAAGAUCAGCAGUUUUUAGAUUAUUAGGUAGUAGGAUUGAUUACAAAACUGCAUAGAUGUACUGGUGUACCUAAUAAAGUGGACAACGAGUGUAUUAGCUGUAUUAGAAAAUGCCACUCAAAAGGUCAAACACAUUUUGUAAUGAUAAAAAAAAAAAAAUGUGACUUUGCACUACAUGUAUUAAAGAGGUGUGUGUGUGUGUGUGUGUGUGUGUGUGUGUGUGUGUGUGUGUGAAGAUGUGUGUAGCUGAAACACACACCUAUCUGUCAUUUAUAACCUGUGCCUUAUAUCUGCACUUGUCAGGUUUCACAAGUCACACAAUGUAAAGCCUAAACAACCAUUAUUUUUGUAUUAAAUAAAUACAAGUGUAAUUUGAAUUUAAUAAAAUAUAUCUUGUAUCCUUAAAUUUGAA